ACCUCAUUUAACAAACCGCUUCAGUCCACCUCUGAGUGAUAACGCAGCUGCAGCCCCUCUUCUACUGCAUCAGCCUUAAGAUGGCCUCAGAUAUGUUUGCCAAACCAGAUUUCUCCAAGAAGGUCAGAUACAACAGAAAGCAGAAAGAAGACACAUCAGACUGGAAGGAGUGUGAGGUGGAAAUCUACAACGAUGCAUAUGAAUCUGUGGAGGACACCACCGGGGUUCAGUCACCAGAACAAGCUCCACAAACAGAGACAUGUCCUAAAGUCCAGAAAAGGUUCUGCAGAUGUGAACAAUGGCGUCUGUUGGUGCUGUGUACUGUCCUGUCAGCUGGAUCCAUCAUUCUAUCCUCAUACAUGGUGGUCUACAUUAACAAUCUGCAGAUGGAAGUGAAGGAGCUAAAGAAACACGCUGAAGGCAGCAACAAAACUUUUUCGGAUGAAAUUAAAAAGCUGAAAAAUCGGAUUGAAGUCUUUGAAGGUCAAUGGUGUCUUGAGGGAUGGAAGAGAUUUGGAAGGAGCUGCUACUAUAAAUCUACUGAGGAGAGAGAUUGGCAUGACAGCAGGGAUUUCUGUCUGGAUGAAGGAUCUUAUCUGGUGGUGGUAAACAGCAAAGAGGAACAGGAGUUUGUUUCUACAUUGAAUCAGAAUGCAACAUCCUGGAUCGGUCUGUUUGCUGUAUCUUCACAGAAAUCUGAAUGGUUCUGGGUGGAUGGAUCACCACUGACAGAAACGUUCUGGGAUGAGAAGUUUUCAAAAGAUCCAGACACCUACGGCAAUGCAGUGUUCUUAAGUGCUGACGGGAAAUGGACACAACUGAACAAAACAAACUACAAAAACUGGAUCUGUGAGAAAAACAAUUCUAGAUCUUUCUGUUCCUGAGUUGUGCGUUGAUUUAACUGUUUAGUAAUGUAACUACAAAAAUGUUUUAUCUUUAUUAUUUCUUUGUGUUGACUUCUCCAAAAUAGUGCUUAAAGGAAGGUUGUAUUUUAGUUUCUGGUGAAUUGUUCAGAGAAAUGAAGGUGUCAUCUAUCAACAACUUCAUCACAUUUAAAUAUCAGUUAAAAUGACUGAGAUAAACAGGAAACUGUAAUAAAUGACAUGAAAACGAGCUAACUUAGAGCAGCAGUUCAGACUCAGGUUUGGUCUGUAGCAAAUAACAAACAGCUUCCACAAAGUCAACUGAAAAGUUACAUCUAGAAAGGGAAGUCCAUAUUUGGAACAUUUUUCUGUAUUUUCUCAUGAUUUUGAUGGAAUAUAAAAAGAAUUUAUGAUAGAAAAGUGUCUUUUGUCUGAAUAUAUUCCUGGUUCUGUUUUGGGUCUCUUUUGAAAAAUUUAUUUAAUUACUGAUUUUUCUUUGACACAGCUGCUUAUUUUUAAUUAUUUAUAUUUGUAAAACUACAUAUAUCAGAGGUUGCAUGCAUGUCCAAUCCAAGUUAAAGUUUCUAUUUUCAAGCUGGGGUUCUCUCCCAGAGGCCUGGGAGCUUGAGGGUCCUGCACAGCAUCUUAGCUGUUCCUAGCACUGCCUUUUCUGGACUGACAUGUCUGAGGUUUUUCCAUCAUCUGCUGUAGCUGUUUUCUGCUGUUUUCUCUGGUCCUGAAAGAGUUAACACCUCUGACAGAUGCAACACUUUCUGUUUUUAGUCUUUAGGUGAGAACAGGAAACUCAUGGAGAGUCAAAAGAAGAAAUAAAUAAAUGAAAUGUCCUAAACUAAACGUAUUAACACCCCCAAGUUCAUCCUCACACAAUUCACAUUUAUCUUCAGAAAUAUUUAGCCUCAGAAAGGAGGAAGACAGAGUGAAGACACACAGGACAUUCACUGUCCAGACUGUUUCAACCUCUGGUCCAGUGGAACCAAACAGCCUGUAUUUAAUAUGAAUGUGUAGGGGGGGCCUGGAUUAUGACCACCCUGCUUUAAAUGCUGCAACUUGAAGGUUUUUCAACUCAAAGACCAGGCAGCACUGAAAGUUCCAGAGCAUGCAACUGUUCUGCAUGUUCUCCAUGAGAACUGUAGAUCUUCCCUCCAUAUGUCCAGCAAAGACCUAUGAGGCAUGCAAGUGUCACCAUAAGCAGCUCACAGAAUGGAAUUGAAGCAGCAAACUGGUUGGCAGUGUCAGCAGGUAGUUUGCGACUGCUGAUGGUGGAUGAAGGAGACCUGUGUGGGAGGGAGUGGUCACACACAGAGCAGGGAGGCUGUUAUUCUCUUAUAGAACACCAGUGCGCAGCCGGCGAGGGCAGGCAGAGGACUGUUGGAGCCAGCGCGUGGAGGCUGUGGCGUUUGAGUUUGGCCUGCUGUCGGAGCCAGAGACGCGAGGUCCGUGACGCUUGGGCGCAACCUGCAAGCUGCAGGCAGGAGGAGGGUUUGGAGCCGGAGGUGCGCCAUUCACGACGCGGAGGCGGCAGGACACUGGCCACAGCCACCACAGGUCUUCAUCGGGAAACUGCUCACGUGGAGGAGGAGGGAGGCAGCACAACCCCCGGGAAGAUCUCACACUGCCAUUUGGAGCCGCAGAGGGGUGAACGGGCUUCACCCCUCCUAAAGUUAAGUGUGCCAGCUACACCAGAGCUUCUAUGAACAGCCUGUAGCUCAGUCACCAGUGGAUUUUAAUUGGGUUUUAUAUGGAUUGACUUUUAUCCCUCUUGCAUGACUGUUUUAGUGCUUUUAAAACUAUUUGUGGGUUUGCCUUGUUUUUAUUGCAUGUGUACUGGUGGCUUGGAGUGCAGGCCUGCUCGUGUGAAAGACUUGGGUGUGGGACGAACGUCAAAGUGGACACUUGGACAAUAGUGUCAUAUGGACAGUUACCACCACCGUUCUCCUGAAGACUCCUGAUGCAACAGCUUUACAUGUGUUUCAUGUCAUUCUUUUUUUUUUUAAGUUUUUUUUUACUAAUCCUGGUUUUAGACAAUUCUAAUAAAACCUUUUGACUACCAA